CACGGUAACCGGCUUUGGAUACAUAUUUAUACAGUGUUGAUUUAUCUGGCUUGUGAAGUAGACAUUUUUGUCGAUUUAAUUUAGUCUGUAGCUAUGGACUUGUAUUACACCCCGGGGUCAGCGCCAUGCCGUGUGGUCCUUCUGGUUGCCGCGGCGCUGGACAUCCAGCUGAACCUUAAGGAACUUAACCUACAAGCCGGAGAACACAUGACAACCGAAUUUCUAAAGUUAAACCCCCAACAUACGGUACCAACGCUGGUGGAUGACGGUUUUGCGCUCUGGGAGUCUCGCGCGAUAGGCCGCUACCUGAUCAGAAAGUACAAUAACAAGGAGCUGUACCCCGAGGACAUAAAGAUCAGGGCAUUGAUUGAUCAACGACUGGACUUCGAUUUGGGGACUCUUUAUCCAAGAUUCGGAAGCUUCUUUUAUCCCCAAAUUUUUGCCGGGCAACCUGCUGACGAGAAUCUAUUCAAAAGAUUAAAGGAGUCUCUGGAUUUCUUCAACUCGUUCCUUAAAGGCCACAAGUAUGCUGUCGGAGACACCCUCACGCUCGCUGAUCUGAGUCUGGUUGCUACUGUUUCUACGAUAGAAGCAGCAGGAGUUAGUUUAGACUCGUAUCCACGAGUUGAGAGAUGGUUUGAGUUGGUGAAGUCUACCGCACCAGGUUAUGAAGAGGCCAACGAAAAGGGCCUCAAAAAGUUUAAGGCUCUUGUUGCUAACGUCAAAGCCAAAACGGAACUUUAAAGUAAACUCACUUUAUAUAUUAAAUGUAUAUUAAACUAUGUUAAACAAUUGACAUUGGAAGGUACGUAAAAUGUUAAUACUUAAUUAUAUUAAUUAAAAUGAAAAGUACUGGGUA